UGGAUGCUAUAAGAAAUACCCCAGCCCUCACCCCAAAAAACGACGACAGCCAGGACGCGGCGAUCUUGGAGAAGGCGUCCCUUCCCCGCCUCAAAUCCGCCACCGCCCUACCGUCGGAGGCUUCUGGAUCUCGGAUGGCGUCGGCGAAGUCGUCACGGUCGAGGCCGGCCGGCCACUCGGGGGUGUUCCCGGUGGGCGCGGCGGCGACGGGGGUUGGUGGUGGUGGAGGCGGCGGCGGCGACGGCGGGGUGCAGCUCGCCGACAAGCUCAAGAUCUUCAAGACCGACAACUUCGACCCCGACGCCUACGUGCAGUCCAAGUGCCAGACCAUGAACGAGAAGGAAAUAAGACAUUUGUGCUCCUAUCUGCAAGAUCUAAAGAAGGCUUCAGCUGAAGAAAUGCGCAGAAGUGUUUAUGCAAAUUAUGCUGCAUUCAUCAGAACAUCGAAGGAGAUAUCCGACCUUGAAGGCGAGCUCUUGUCAAUUAGAAAUUUACUCAAUACACAGGCGGCUUUAAUCCAUGGUCUAUCUGAAGGAGUUCAGAUAGAUUCCCUGACUUCGGGUACUGAAGGUUCUACAGAAGAGGACAUAUCCAAUGUUGAAGGCCAGGAGCCUUCAGAAAUACAGAAAUGGUCUGCAGAUUUCCCUGACAUGCUUGAUGUUUUGCUAGCUGAGAGAAGAGUGGAUGAAGCGCUAGAUGCACUAGAUGAAGCGGAGCGAGUUGCUGCAGACCGGACACAAACUCUAACUACAGCUGAAAUUUCGGCUUUGAGAAGUGCCGUCUCUGAUAAUCGUCAAAAGCUGGCAGACCAGCUUGCUGAAGCUGCCUGUCAGUCUUCUACUCGUGGCAUUGAGCUCCGUGCUGCCGCUUCUGCUCUCAAAAGGCUUGGUGAUGGCCCUCGAGCUCACAGUCUAUUACUCAGUGCACAUAAUCAAAGGCUUCAAUGUAAUUUGCAAACAAUACAUCCGUCAAGCACCUCAUAUGGUGGGGCAUAUACUGCUGCACUUGCUCAGCAAGUUUUUUCAGUUGUAGCUCAGGCGCUCAGUGAUUCUGUGGAAGUUUUUGGCGAUGAGUCAUGUUAUGCAUCUGAGCUGGUUACAUGGGCUACACAGCAGGUUUUGUCCUUUGCACUCCUGGUAAAGAGGCAUGUGUUGUCUUCUUGUGCAGCCGCUGGAGGCUUGAGAGCAGCUGCAGAAUGUGUUCAAAUAUCAAUUGGCCAUUGUUCCUUGCUGGAAGCUCGUGGUCUAUCUGUUUCUGCUGUUCUCCUGAAGCAGUUCAAGCCCAGUCUUGAGCAAGCAUUAGAUGCUAACUUGAGGAGAAUCGAAGAGAGUACUGCUGCACUUGCUGCAGCAGAUAACUGGACACUCACUUAUCCCCCAAAUGGUAUUCACCCAUUAGCUAGAUCUUCUGUUGCUAAUUUGGCACUUCAACCAAAGCUCUCGAGCAGUGCACAUCGUUUCAAUUCUAUGGUUCAGGACUACUUUGAGGAUGUCACACCACUCCUUAGCUUGCAGUUAGGGGGUUCAACAAUGGAUGGGAUUGCAAAAAAUUUCAGCUUGUACAUCAAUCUGCUCAUAAGUGCAUUACCUGGAUCAAUGGAUGACGAAGCUAACAUAGAUGGUUUAGGCAAUAAGAUUAUUAGAAUGGCAGAGACUGAGGAACAGCAGUUGGCUUUAUUAGCCAAUGCAUCUUUACUUGCUGAGGAAUUGCUACCUAGAGCAGCUAUGAAGCUGUCAUCUAUAAACCAGUCCAGCAUGGAUGAUUUGCGUAAAAGAGGACCAGAUAAGCAAAACCGUGUGCCCGAGCUACGAGAAUGGAAAAGGAAAUUACAACGCAUGGUGGACAGGUUGAGAGAUAGUUUCUGCAGGCAGCAUGCUCUUGAACUAAUAUUUACAGAUGAAGGUGAUACCCAUCUCAGUGCAGAAAUGUAUAUUAGUAUGGAUAAUACUGUUGAAGAGCCAGAGUGGGUCCCAUCUCCAAUUUUCCAGGAACUGUAUGCAAAGCUAAAUAGGAUGGCAGGCGUUGCUGCAGAUAUGUUUGUUGGUAGAGAAAGAUUUGCUACUUUGCUAAUGAUGCGGCUCACUGAGACAGUUAUCCUUUGGCUCUCGGAGGAUCAGGCCUUCUGGGAAGAGAUCGAGCAGGGACCAAAGCCUUUGGGCCCCCUUGGUCUUCAGCAGUUCUACCUGGAUAUGCAAUUUGUCAUCAUCUUCGGACAAGGUCGAUUUUUGUCUAGACAUGUGCAUCAAGUCAUAUUGGAUAUCAUUGAUAGAGCAAUGGGUGCCUUUUCUGCUACCGGAAUGAAUCCUGAUAGUGUCCUUCCCGGCGAUGAUUGGUUCAUGGAUGUCGCUCAAGAGGUUGUCGGCAUGAUCAGUGGAAGGGGUAGGGCUGCCAAUGGGGACAGGGAGAUUAACAGCCCGACUGCCUCUGUUUCAGCACACUCUAUGUCAUCGUUCAGAUCCCAUGGCAGCUCUUAGUUUGCAGGCUUAGUCUUUUUGUAGGCAGGUCAUUGUAUAAUAAGUAAUAUACUACAUUCUCUCCUUUCAUAUUCCUCUGAUCUUAUUUUUUGGGUUUCUGUUUUCCUUCUUUGUUCUGCAUCUGCCGUGCUAGCAUAGAUUGAUAAUUGUUUGACCUAGGAAACAAAAUCCUUUGCAAUUGUUUCACAGCGCUGAGUCCUGCGAGCGUUGCGUCUUGCAUGACUAGUAUAUGACAUUGAGUUUUGUAUCACCGGAUCAUUCCUUCAUCAGGAUUUGUGUAGAGUGAACAAGUCAUGGGCGAGUCACCCUUGUCAUUUUUCUGACUGUAAAGCCAGAUGUCGAUCUCUUAAGCAAGUGCCACUUUAUCAUGAUUUGUGGGAUGAUGUGAAUGAGAUGAAACGUUAUAUCUUC